AUGCCGCCUCCGGCCGAGCCAAUCAUCAGUCGCAAAUUACUAACUAGUGUUAUUGCCACUUUAGGACACAACAAACCAACUGGCAACAUGACUACAACUAUUCACAGCGUCGUGAUGCAUCCGAAAAGUGAGAGUCUCGGGUUCAUUCUAUGCCUGCCGAGUAAUGCUAGCUUCUUUCAAUCCUGCGGGCAUUCACCACGCAAGCAUGCCAGCUUGACGUCGCCAACAGUGGCAACGGCUGUGGACCCAGGCUGUUGA